CGUGCUGCCCUAAAAUGUUGCAGCGCUCUGUUUUCAAAUCUCCCUUUUCUCCCUCUCUCUCCCUGUCUCUCUUCGUUCCGUUGCCUUUAUCUUCCUGCUUUCUCACGUUUCUUGCUGGCUGCAGCUGUUUGACGGUGUCGUUUCGAUAGACAGGCCGAGGACGUCAGGAUAUUUCAGUCAUGGCCAAGGCUCCCUGUUCCCUAAGAACCGGAGGGAUUCUGAGGGAGAUCCAGGUCAACUUGCUGGAGUGUAAGGUCUGCUUCGAGAGGUUCAGCUGGCAGCAGAGCGAGCGCAGGCCGCAGAACCUCACCUGCGGCCAUGUUCUCUGUCAGGAAUGUGUCCAGGCUUUGUCCCACCCCGUCCUCAGGAAGCUGGAGUGCCCAUUUUGCCGACAGCUGUGCCAUGUGGACGGCACCUCCCACUGCCGGGCUUUGACCGACCUCCAGGAGCUGCUGCUCACCAGGAGCCCCGGGCCCGCUGCUCCUCGUGGGGUGAAGGGAAGUGUCAGUCGGUGCGGAGGUCUGACUUUUGGGGCCUUGCGACUCUGCUCAGCUUUCGGGGGCUGGGGGACGCUGAUCAACCCCACGGGGGUAGCGGUGUUUGAGUCAUCGGGGACAAUCAUGGUGGUCCACGAUGGAGACAAGAGGGUGGCUGUCUUCAGCCCUCAGGGCAGGAGAUUGCACAGCUUUGGGCCGAGAGGGCGGGCGGACAGGGAGAUUUGUUACCCGCUGGACGUGGCCGUUUCCCCCAGUGGAUAUGUGGUGGUGACCGAUGCGGGCAACAACGCAGUCAAGGUUUUCACCUCCAGGGGGAGCCACGUUAUGACGGUCAAGGGGUCAUUUCAGCUGCCGUGGGGCGUGGACAUAGACAGCUGUGGGCACAUCCUGGUGUCAGACAACCAUGCCGGCACCCUCUCCCAGGUGAUCGUGGACUACGCUCGGGGUGUGACCCUCAACCUGGAUGCGGUCAUCACCCACCUUCAACAUCCCAAAGAGGUGGCCUGCUGCCGGGCAACGGGGAACAUAGCGGUGGUGGAGAGUCUGGGUCACGACACAAAUCCCACAGGGAACCACAGACCCACAAGACUGAGCGUGUAUGAAAAGGGCUUCCACCUCCUUUAUCAGAUGGACAGCUUCAGCAUGAGCCUGGGUUCUGGGGUUCGGCUGUCUGCGUCUGGUGUGGCCUUUGACAAAGAAGGAGCUUUGGUAAUGAUUGACUCCACGCAGGGGAUGAUUUGGAGCUUGGGGAGGUGCUGGGACAGCCCAGUCCUGACUCCUCUUGUUGGAGGACACUUGGUCCACCCGGUGGGGAUGGCGGUCAACGCAGCCAACGACUCCCUCAUCAUUUUAGACAGCGGAGACCACGCCGUGAAGAUUUACUCCGCUCAAUCCGGCGCCAUAGCCACUAUAUAACACGUUAUGCAAUAAAAGUUUGUCAAAUCUG